AUGGCCAAUGACAUGGCACACUGCGGUAAGCACUCCCUUCUGUAUCGGCGGUAUCGCCCACGAUUUGCGUACCGGUAGUAGAUGUAAAUUAUGUAAAGUCAUGGGAAAGGCCCUACUUAUCUAGAAUAUAUAUAAACAUAGACAAAUCAUCAUACUUUAUAUGGUCUUGGAACGCUACAAAAGUACAAAACGAUGCGAAACGAUGUACGAAACGAAACGAACGAAAAAAUCGAUUUAAAAUUAAAUGUUUAGAAUGUGGUGCUGAAAUGGAUUUUGAUUACAAGAAAAAGCAUAAUUCAAAAAAACACCAUGAUUUGCAGAAACAGCAUAAAGCUAUUCUCUACGAAGUAGUUGGGCGCCCAAAAAUCCGUUUGACACAGCUGCUCGGAAAGUUACCGUUGUUUCGACGAAACCGACUGCUGAAAGUGCGGACACAGAGACUAAGAACAAAGAAAAUACGGACAGUGUGAGCUCAGAUGAAGAUAUUCCCUCAACAUCAAGAGAAGAAGUACAAUCAUUCAUGAGUGAUGCGCGUGACCCAGAAUUAGAAAUAUCCAUAGAAAAACGAGGUUGGAAUAAAAUCGAAAACGAACCGGAUCAAACAGUCCAAGAAGCAAAGAAGCAGAAAAUAGAUAAGGAUUCAAUAAGUGAUGUUCUCAUCGAAACUAACACCCCGGAAUUUCCAGAAGAUGACAUAAGCAGUGCUGCCAGUACAUCGUCUCAUUCAUCAUCGAACUUUCAGUUUAAUGACCUUAUUCAACCCAUGCUAUCGUUGGUAAGUCAUCUUCAAUUCACUUUCAUAAAUUUAUGUCUUGGACUUUGUAGAAUUUUGGAAGAAAUGUAGGCAUAGUGUAAAUCCUUGUAAUUUUAUUUGGAUGAUGGGCCUGAACAGUCAACAAUAGAAGACCAUGAAUUAGCGGGCAUGUUGGGAGAAAUUCUGGAUGUGCUAAAAGAGGCCCAAGAUUUGCACGAAUCGUUCGCGUCGGAAGAUUAUAGCCAAGAUGUAUUUAUUUCAACUAUCGAGAAGUUUGCAUCAGAUUUGAAAGAAAAAUGUCACUUGUUAUUGCCAUCAUCAAAAGAAGCUUUAACUUGUGAAGAGAAUGUUCUGAAGCAAACGUUGGAAAAAUCAGUUGAAGAGGAGUCUUCUAUCGUGACAAACGAUCCAGCAGAACGUAUUGGGGUAAAGCUGAAUGAGUCACAAAAGAAUUUUCUAAUAGCCUUGGGACCUUGUCAGCCGAUUCUUGAAAGUUAUCCAACGAACCAGAUAAUCGCUAAAUCGAAACAAAAUUCGUUUACAUCAAAAUGGUACGUAUCAAUGCCUUUUUUGGAAUACAGUCCAACUCUGGAUCGAGCUUUUUGUUUUGCUUGCAGCCUGUUCAGGGAGGGUCCUGGGACAUCAUGUUCAUGGACAAAAGAUGGAGAAAACCGCUGGGAUAAGAUGAAAGGCCUGGGGAAAAGCAAGCAAGGAAAACUGGUACAGCACUUCACUAGUGCAGCUCAUAAAGCAUCGGUUGAUCGGUUCGAUAUUUUUUCAAAAAGAAGUCACCACGUCGAUGUAGCAUUAUCUAAUGCGAGAAAGCAAUUACUUCUAUUGACAACAGCGCUCGACCGGUUAUAUCAGGAUCAGGAAUCACUAGAAGUGAAACUAAUGACAAUCGAAUUAAAUUCUUAA